CCUCCCACUCCCGGGUAAGUAUAAACACGCAAGUAUUGCCAGGAGGAGUAGCUCGCUAAGCUCACGUAUAACCUUGAAAGACUCUGUCACUGAGGCUCGAGCUUCUCUGGUACCCCCGCUCCUUACAGCCCAAUCAACUAUUUAUUAUAUUGGUGUUUCCCACGCCGCCAUCAGCAGAUGCCAAGGAAAUCCUAACACUACAUCGACGUCAGGAAAGCACAUCGUCUCUAUAUAUAACACGAUGCGAGCCCGCUACAAAGGGCCCGCCGGCACCGGCAUUAUCGAGAUGCCAGAUUCUGCGACUGUUCAAGAUGUCCUCGAUGAGCUUCGGGCUCGGACUGGCAUCGUCAGCUUCACUAUAAAGUACGGGCCACCCAUGGCCAUGAAGACACUUGACCUAGGCCAAGUUGGUGAAACAGCACGGUCCAUAGGUCUCCAUGGUGAGACUCUAACCAUCGUCCCUGAAGAAGCGCCCCCAGCUCCAGAUACGACGACACAAGCAGCAAGCCAGCCGAGCGAAGGCCCUGAGGAUAUCAAUGUUCCGUGGCCAGGGCGCGAAGGGACACUAUUGCUUCGGGUCAUGCCCAGCGACAACAGUUGUCUCUUCACUGCAUUUGGCGGCGCCCUGCCGAAGCAGAUUCCAGCUCAACAGCUCAGGAGGAUGAUGGCAGAUUACAUCACCCAGCACCCAGAAGUCUACUCAGAAGCUGUCCUAGGCAGCCCGCCCAGCCAGUACUGCCGCAGUAUACAAGACCCGGACCGCUGGGGAGGUGGGAUCGAACUGAGUAUAUUGUCUGCCAUCUUUGACAUUCAAAUCUGCACCUUUGAUGUCCAGGUCCAAAAUCUCAUCAACUUUGGCGAGGAAAAGCGGGAUCGAUGCGUCUUGGUCUAUUCGGGGAUCCACUACGACCGGGUGGCCUUCAGCUACUCUGAUUCCCCACACCAUACGACCACCCUCCCCCCCGAGAUGGACCGGACAGUUUGGCCAACAGAUGACAACGAAGUACUACAAAAGACCGAGGAACUCGUCCGGAAGCUCAACGCAGCUCACUAUUACACGGACACGGAGGGCCUCGUUCUUCGAUGCGAUGCCCCCGGUUGUGACUGGAUCGGAAGUGGUCAACUCGAGGGCAGAAAGCAUGCCGAGCAGACAGGCCACGUUGACCUGAGUGAGAUCAGAGACGUUGAGGGCGAUAGUGUCCUCCGUAGCUGUGACAAGCCGGGAUGUGACUUUAUAGGUCAGGGCGACAGAGCCAUCAGGCAGCAUAGCACAGACACUGGGCAUGAGCGUUUUAGUGUCAUCCCCGACUGGUAGCCAAGCUCGGAUUGGUAUCUCAACUUGGCCUCGUUUUAGCAAAAGCAGUCGCUGCAGGUUGAGAUGGUCGAUAGUCGACCAGCAGUUGAUCUUGGGCUUGCCUGAAACUGGACCUCGGAUUGCCCCGGACCUGAAUGGGUCGUUAUAGAUAUGUGACCCAUUAGCCCAUGCUGGGUUCCACACAUACUCGAGGAAAGUCAGGUUUAAGGCGAACAAUGCUUGCACAAUAUUGUCU